AUGUGCGAUGAGGGUCAUCGAUUGAAGAACUCUGACAACCAAACCUAUCAGGCAUUGGUGCAGUUGAACUGUCAGCGCCGGGUGCUGCUUUCGGGGACUCCAAUCCAGAACGACUUGUUGGAGUACUUCAGCCUCGUGCACUUUGUUAAUCAGGGCCUGCUUGGCACCGCUGCCGAAUUUCGCAAGAAGUUUGAGGGACCGAUCCUUCGUGGUCGUGAUGCUGACGCCACGUCUGAGGAUCAGAAGAAGGGAGAAGAGAAACUUCAGGAGGUUCGUAUGCGAUUCCUACGGAAAGUUAAAUGGCUGACCAAUACCUAUAAUCUGCAGCCUGUUUUUUACCAGUAUAACCCUUCUCCACAACUUCUACUAAGUAGUUCUAGUACAGUAGAUUGUAUAUCUGAUGCAAGGUUGGGGAUUGGAGGAUUUAACGCACACUUAAGGUUGUUUAGUUAG